AUGGCGCCGCCUCCGCCUCGGCUCUUCGGCGCGGCGCCUCGCGGGGUCUCGUCUGCUCGUGCGUCGGCGCCGCCUCGGCCGCGCUUCUCACCGGCGCGAAGCCUGGAGCUCCGCCGCGGCUCCGCGCUGCUGCUUCUCCUCAGUCUCGUUCUGUUCCCCGCGCUCGCAGUCUCUUCCUCGGCGUCGGUGGCCCCCGCGGACUACUCAGACGACCUUUUCUGUGCGUACUACGGCGACAGCGAUUGCCCGUCGUUCCUGAGUUUCGCGACUCAGACGCUGGCUGUGGGCGUCCGCGCAUGCAGGACGUACUCGUCGCUGGCGUUUCGCAGCGUCUUCUCGCUGCUGUCGCGUCUGCCUUUCCUCGAGGCCCCCGGCGGAGGCGCAGGCGCGGGCGCGCGCAUGCUGCACGUCGUGCUGAGCGUUUUCGCGACAGUGCUCUUUCUGCUUCUUCUCUCGCAGAUCUUCUGGCGCUACCGCGUGCACCACUACAACAAAGCGGGCUCGCAGGGCCUCAUCCCCAAGUCGCUGCACCAGUGGGAGCCCUUCUCGUCGUCCUCCUCGCCGCGCUACUGCUCAGUCUGCCGCCAGCUGAUUUCUGGCUUCCUCAUCUACCGCAACACGGGUUGGGCCUGCAGCCUCUGCCAGCGCUACGCGCACACAAAGUGCCUCCGACUCGCGGAGCGCCUCGAUUGUAAGACGCCCUGUCUCCCCGCGCCGACACCGCACGUCUUCAUCCAAGGAAACCUCGCCGCGGAGGCCACGUGCUGCUGCUGCGGACUCGCCUGCAGCUCAAACUUUGGGCUCGACGGGCUCCGCUGUCUCUGGUGCAACCGCACGCUCCACGAGGAGUGCCGCCACCGCCUCCCGUCGCCGCUCUGCGACCUCGGCGCCUUCCGCCAGCUGAUUCUCCCUCCCUCCGCCGUCAGUCUCAGCUUCUCGCUCCUCUCCUCGAACCGCGGCCUGCUGCGCGUUGCCUCCUCGCUCUGGGGGCGCCUGGGCGUCAAGGAAGUGAUGAAGGAGGGAUUCAAAGAGGGCCUCAGGGAAGUUCAGGAGGGCGUUCGGAAGUUCAAUGAAACGAUCGUCCAGCCCCUGAAAAAAUCGCUGAAAUUCGAGCAAAAAACGCACGCAGGCGAAAAGAAGACCCCACACACUGCGAAGGCUGCGGGUGCGGCCUGUGCUCCUGAGAGCGGGAAAUGGAAGGCGCGCGAAGCAGAGGCGCCGAGCCAGAACGCGCCCGAAGAGGGCGGAGCAGUAGCCGCCGCCACCCCUGAGGACAAAGGAAAGACAGGGAAACGAAAGACAGCAAGAGAGAAAGCGAAGGACGAGAAGAAAGGGGGGCACGAGAAGAAAGCAACUGCAGAGGAGGCUCGCGUCGGCGAGGAGACUAAACAUGCUCCAAAGAAUGAUAGCGCACACGAAGGAAAACCGCCAGCUGCGCAACGCGGCGUCAAAGAGAACGAACCCGCUGCUGGAGACAGGGGCCUCUCCAAGAUCGACCGCGAGUCUCAGGCGCCAGGAGAAACGGCGCCUCCAGAUCUCGGCUCUCUUGGGGAUGCCCACACGCUGUCCUGCUCUGGAGCCUGUUCCUCGCUCGAGUCGACUGACCGCCUACGAGCCGCCAGCGCGCCCGCCGGUUCAACUGUUUCAGAGACGCCCACGGCGCCCUCUAGCGUCGAGGCCCCCUGCGCGCGGGCGGGAAAAGGCGCCGCUAAAGAGCGGAAGCAGCAGCGAAAAGCUGCAGCCGCGCAGGGAGACGCGGAAAGCGUGGGGGAUGAGGCGGCAGCCGGCAGCGGAGCCCGUGAGGGAGAGACGCGGCGAGCUGCCGCCGUGCAUUCUGGAGACGCGACGGCCUCGCCUUCUCCUGGAGCGCGGGCGCCCCGGCGGUGUGGAGGAUCGGGAGAAGAAACGGGCUCGGAGGCCGCGGCGCGCGACGCAUCUCGACAAGCCUGCUCCACAGAGGAAGAGGACGCCGAGGAAGAGAAAGCGAGCAGCGAGCCCGCGAAGCUGACGCUCUCGUUCGCUCGGAGCGACGGCGACGAGGGCGCGGAGCGAGCCCGGAGGGGCGGGGGAGAAGGCUCGCGUUGCGUUGCGAACAAGAAGACGCAGAUGCCGCUGAAGGCUGCGAGCCGGAAGACUUCUGUGGGGGGCGGCAAGGCGAGGCGCGGGGAGACAAGCAGCCGCACGCAGAUGAUGUAUACCGUCGCCAAGGUGAUGCCGCCCAAGGCCUCCGUGUGGAGACUCAAGUCGAAUCCGAGUCUCUGGUUCGCAGAGGCACACGCCACGCCGCUGCUCGUCUUCGUCAACGUGAAGAGCGGCGGCCAGACUGGCAAGUCGAUAUACAAAGACCUCGUCGCAGUCCUCAACCCACUGCAGGUGAUUGACAUCCAAGCGGAGGGCGGACCGACGCGCGCGUUGACCUUUUUCAGGCCGCUGGCGCUGACGAAGCGGCUGCGCGUCCUCGUGUGCGGCGGCGACGGGACUGUGGGGUGGAUUAUCGACAGCAUCCACAAGGUCUACGGCACGAAGGCGGAGACGGAGCCCAGCGAGGCGGCUGAGCAGACAGAGGAAGACAGGGGCGCGUGCGCCUCGGAGACGGGCAGCGGCGCCCUCGACUCUGCAGCCGAAGGCGAUACCGCGAGAAGCGCGGACGAGACCUGCAGCCGCACCACCGCCAGUCCACACGCCCCAGCCGCGGGGGCGGGCGCCCCGCCGGAAGGCGCGCCGAGCCCGCGGGCCCCACAGAAGGCUGGGGAGACGGCCAAGCGCAGCACGAGGCGCCGCCGCGAGGGCAGUCUCUCAGGGAAGAACGAGACCAACAACGGCGCGAGCGACCUCAGCAGCCUCGUCCCUGUGGGCAUCUGCCCCCUCGGAACUGGCAACGACUUGAGCAACGUCCUCGGAUGGGGCUUCUCGUUCGACGGAGACAUCAUGAAGCAUCUUCUCAAGAUUCAGAGCGCAGUCUCCUCGACGUUGGAUCUCUGGAAGGUGAAAGUUGUAUCUGACAAAAAUGCGCCGCUGGUCGAGACGACGUUUUCCAACUACCUCGACGUGGGCGUCGCGGCGCGGAUCGUCCUGAAGUUCCACAAACUGCGAGAGGAGAACCCCGAGCUUUUCCAGAGUCGACUCGGGAAUAAAUUCCUCUAUGGCGAAGUCGGCUUUCGGGACUUCCUGGUGACGCCCAACAUUGCCUUGCGAGGGCUGAAGAUUUUCUGCGACGGCGAAGAAGUUCCGCUGCCCUACCUCGAGGGCGUCUGCGUCGUGAAUAUCCCCAGCUUUGCAGGCGGCGUGGAGCUGUGGGACACUUGUCCAGACUCUGUCUUUUCCACCACCUCGCGGUCGCCGGGUCGGCUGUCACCUCUUGCGUCGCAUCGGCACUCCUCUCACGAUUUGUCUGUCUCGCUCGCUGCGGAGCACGGACUGCCUCUGUCUCUCGCGAGUAAAAAGCUGCUUAAGCAGUCCGUCUCCUCUGCGUCGCUCGCGUGCGAGGUGUUCGCCGCGCGCGCGAGCCAGGAAUCUCGUUCGGCGCUGGGGCGAAGUCCCCGCGGGAGGGGCGCCGGGAACAGCCUCGAGAUGGUCCGUCUGUCGUCUUCGCCCUCCUAUUCGUCGUCUUCUUCGUCGUUUUCUUUUCCGCAACCGGCGGGCGCGCUGAAGGCGGCCCCAGACUUGUCGUCUUCGUCGUCCUCUGCGUCUCUCUCGUCCUCCUACACGACUGGUCAGCUGGCGACCGCCGGAAGGUCGCCGGGUCCCUCGCCUUCGCCCCUCUCGCUGCUCCCGCGUCGGCCUUUUUCGGCUACGGCGAAGGCCACAGCAGAGGCCUGUGUCUCCUCUCCCUUCGGCGCGCCAGGGCCUGGGAUGAGGCGGCGAGACGAGGACGGCGUCGAUUGCGAGGCUGCGCAGGGCGCCGUGAUCGGGCACUGCUGCUGCUGCGGCGCAAAAAUCUCCCUCACCUCGUCCUCGUCGUCGCCCUCUGGCUCUGCGUCUGCUUUCUCCCUCUCCUCCUCCCUUCUGUCGACCGCGUGCUCCGCACCAGGGCCCCACGCCGGCCUCUCUCGCGGGAGAGACGAGCGAGGCGGCGACCGGCGCGGCACUGCUGCGCCGCGUCAAGACCUGCAGUCGCCAGUGCCUUUUUCGUCGUCGUCGUUCUCGACUGCUGGGCGCGUCUCGGGGUCGCAGCCCUCCUUGCCCUUGUCACUCUACUCGCCGCACCCCUUCUCCGCGCCGGCGCUGCGGCGCGGAGACUCCGCGCCCCUGCGGCUCGACGCGGAGCGCCUCGGGCGCCGCCGCGAGGGCUGGGGUGCGACCGCGAUCGACGGGGCGGAGGCGGAGCGGAGCGCGACGGGACCAUGCAAAGAGGCGGAGACACGCGGAGGAGGAGAAGAAGCGCGAGAGGGCGCCGCGACCGCGCACAGAGAGAGCAAGAGCCGACACAUCCGGAGGAAGGAGACUGUCUCCUUCCAAAGCAGAUCGUCGUCGUCCUCUUUCGCAGGCGAACCGGCCGCGACGACGGGCGAGGACACCGCCACUAGCGACGAAGAGGAGACCGCGGAGCGAAUGCGGACGCGCGCUCUCAGACAGGAGCUCCGGCGGACGUGUUCGUCGUCGUCAAUCUCAGAUUUCCCUUUAUCGCCUGCGUCGUCUUCUCUCAUUUUGUCCUCGGACCCGCGCGACCACGCGAAGGCCCCCGAGAUAUCAGCCAUGCGCCUUAGGCGGCGGUGCUUCUCCGCAGAGCCCCGAGCGGGGCGUAGGCGAGGCCGCGACGAGGUGCAGACGGUCGCGCAGGGUGGGGAGAGGCGAAUCAAGAGCGCGGGCGGCCUCCACGCAGCGAGACGAGAGAAGAAAAACGGGAUGCUUUGCUGCGGAGUCUGCUGUGGCUGCUCCUCGCUCGGGGUUCCCGCCGGCGUCUGCUGCGCGGCGCCGGAGGGAGCGGUUGAAGACGAGCGACGACGCGCGAAGAAGGAGAGGAGGAAGAGCGCCUUCGCGAGCAGUGGCGGCGCGCGAGGCGAGGCUGGCGGGCGACAGGGAGAGGCCGCGACGACGCGCAGAAGAGAAGAGAGGUCGGCUCUGUUCGCGUCUGGAGGAGACACUGCCUCAGGCGAGGACGAGGGAGAUCUGGAGACUCGAGCGGAGAAGAAAGCAAUGAGAUUCCGGCCUGCUUCCGCGAGGACGGCGAGACCUUCCUCGGAGCUCUACGGUGGCGUGGGCGGUCUAUUUGGAGGGCCUGACCGCGAGAGAGAGGCGGCCGAGCAGGCCCCGCUGCCAGCGGGAGACAAACUUCUGCACCACGCAAAUCACGCAUCCACGAAUGGAAACGCGCGAGCCAGGUGGAGACAGCAGAGCAUCAACGACCAACUCAUCGAGGUUGUGGGCUUCAAAAGUCUGUUUCACCUUGGCCAAGUUCAAGUCGGUUUGGCGAAGCCAGUCCGCAUCUGUCAAGGGAGAGAGUUGAAGUUAAUUCUGCCUCAAGAAGUGCCUCUCCAGAUCGACGGAGAGCCAACGAUGCUUCAAGCCAAUACGACGAUGCACAUCACCUGGAAUGCGGAGACGCCCGUCCUCCUGGCCUCGGAUAAGUCAGCGGAGAGGCAGACGCUCGCCACUGUUCAGCAGGUAAAUUUUUGUGAAAAUUUUUGCGUGUCUGCGGUUUUCUGCUUGCAGGUGCUCGCGACGGCGUACAGCCGCGGCCUGCUCAAUGACUACCAAUUUGCUCAGCUGGCAAAGGAAUUUCAGAAACGAUUUUGA